AUGAAGUUCCUUGUUGCCUACGUAAACGUCAUCGCGAUUUCGCUUGCCUUGAUCGCAUCAUCGGGAGCCCAUCAAGUGACAAGCCCUCACCAUACCGUGCAGCAGCAGAAUGAAACACUAUGCAAAGCUGGCAGCCGACAAUAUACAGGCAAGGUCGCGGUGACAAGCGAGAAAAGCCUGUUCUUUUGGUUUUUCGAAAGUCGCUCUGAUCCGCUUCAUGACCCUUUCAUCAUCUGGCUCAAUGGAGGACCAGGGGGAUCUUCCAUGUUUGGAUUGUUUCGAGAAAUUGGACCCUGUCUCACCAACUCAUACAACAAUGACACAAUCAGUAAUCCGCACAGCUGGACCAAUUUCGCUAACGUCUUGUUCUUGGACCAGCCUGCAGGUACAGGAUUCUCUACAGCCAGGAACGGGACUUUCGGGGGACCAGACAAUCUAUCAGAGGCUGCCGAGGAUUUCGGCAACUUCAUUGAUUACUUCUUCAGGACGAUGUUCCCACAAUUCUCCAACGCAUCCCUCCAUAUUGCAGGAGAGUCUUUUGCUGGGCGGUAUAUUCCUGGAUUCACGCAGUACUUACAUCAUACGCAGCACUUGCGCAGAGCUCAUGCGCCACGGAUAGCCCCGUACGUCGACUCAAUCGUCCUGGUUGAUGCAACCGUGGAUGCAAUCUCGUCCGGCGCCCUAGGCUACUAUGACCAUCUCUGUGCCCACACAGGUGACAACCGACCAAGUUGGCGCCAAACUUUCAACCAGACUGUUUGCGAGGCAAUGAGUGCGGCAGUCCCUGCAUGUGAGAGGGUUGUCGAGCAAUGUCGCUCGACGUACGAUGCUAACCUUUGCGACUCUGCUGGUGCUUCUUGCGACGAUAAUCUCGGGCACUUAUUUAGCGACGAGGUUGUAGAAGGGGGCAUGGAUCCCUACGAUGAUCGAAGAAAAUGCGGCAGCAAUCCACCCUUUUGCGAAGACUUCACCGGCACUGGUUACAGUGACUACUUGAAUCUACCUCAUGUAAAAGCUGCUCUCGGAGUAUCGGAAAGCAAUUUCCAAGGGAUCAACUUUGACCUCAAUUCCCGGUGGGCAACAAAGAAGGAAACAAAUAUUCCUACUGUGCGGGAGGUUGGUUUCAUCCUAGACGAUACGCCUACACGAGUGUUGGUACUGAAUGGCAACAAUGACAUAAUAGUAUCGUCUACUAAUCUAGUGAACAGGAACACAGAAGGGCAAAAGCGAGUCUAUGACAAUUUGCCUUGGAAAAAUCAAGCGUCAUAUAGAUCCCACAGUUUUGAAGAAUGGCGCUGGCCACAGAGCUCAGGUACACUGGUUCGUGGUGGCGAAUGGAAGAGUUCAGGGAACUUGCUUUUUGUCUCUAUUGACGAAGCUGGUCAUUCUUCGCCUCGUGACCAGGCCGAAGCAGUGACAUUUUUAUUAAAGUGUUGGACUAGCCCACAGGGAGACUCCAAUUCACGAUCUAAAGCUUGUUGGUUCUAA